UGUGCACUGUGCUUCCCGUGGCCUGACUGUAAACCAGGCCAGACUGCUGAGCUGUUUCUAUGGUGCUACAUCAGAGGCUUAAGAGUCACUGCACGCAGCCAAUCAGAUGGCUUGUGGGGGAACCGUGUGGGCUGUAGUAGCUAAGAGAGUGAAUUUGUGAACUUACUUUUGUUUGGUACAGAGAGGACAACUUUCCUAGAAGAGCACAGGAGAAGAAAACUCAUCACUUUCAAUGGAAUGACGACUGGUUUCUGUUGGCUGCAGUCUCAGCGUGGACAUUGAGUCUUUGAAGCUAUUGAGUUCAGUCACUUCCACUUGUAUUGUUAUAGAUAACUUUCUUCAUGUUUUAUGGGAGGGAAGUGAGCAAACGACGAGGAAGACUUCACCCUGAAAACAGGGUCAGAAAGAAGUAGUUUUUGGCAUCUGCUCAGGACAGAACGAAAGUUGUUCUGAAAGGUGUAGAGAGAAAAUUCAGUUGCCAUGGCAGAUAAUGUUAUUGAGGAGACCGAUAACUACCCUGGCAAAGAUGAGCUGGAAUGGGGCUAUGAAGAAGGUGUUGAAUGGGGUCUUCUGUUUCCUGAGGCAAAUGGAGAGUACCAGUCCCCCAUAAACCUUAACUCUAGGGAGGCCCGCUAUGACCCGCGGCUCCUGGAGGUGGGGCUUAACCCCAACUAUGUCGUUUGCAGGGACUGUGAAGUCAUUAACGACGGUCAUACUGUGAGGAUCAUGCUCAAGUCCAAAUCAGUUGUGACUGGGGGUCCGCUCCCUAGUGACCAUGAGUAUGAACUGAGCGAGGUGCGCUUCCACUGGGGGAAAGAGAACCAGAGGGGAUCUGAACACACUGUCAACUUCAAGGCUUUUCCUAUGGAGCUUCAUCUAAUCCACUGGAACUCUACAUUAUUCAACGGCGUGGAGGAGGCCAUGGGCAAGAAAAAGGGCAUUCUUAUCAUCGCCCUGUUUGUGCAGAUUGGGAAGGAACAUCUUGGGCUGAAGGCCAUCACAGACGUCCUGCAGGACCUGCAGUAUAAGGGAAAGACAAAAAUAAUUCCAUGUUUUAACCCCAACACAUUACUGCCUGAUCCUCUCUUAAGAGAUUACUGGGUGUAUGAGGGCUCUUUAACCACUCCACCCUGUAGUGAGAAUGUCACCUGGAUUCUUUACCGUUACCCACUUACCAUCUCUCAGAUGCAGAUUGAGGAGUUUCGUCGUCUCAGGUCCCAUUUUAAAGGAGCAGAGCUUCCAGAAGGCAAUGACGGGAUGCUGGGGGACAACUUCAGACCCACCCAGCCCCUGAGCGACAGGGUGGUCAGGGCAGCCUUCCAGUAAAACCCCCACUGCAGGAUCCAUUUUAAUCGGCCAUGGAGAUUAGAAUGAUGAAGAACAAGAUAUGAAAACCCUACAAUGUCCUGGCUAAAGUGAAAGUUCAUCACUUCCUGUAGAGUUGCUUGGGCAUCGUUUUGUAGUUAACUGUCCUGAGUAUGGCCCUGAUGUGCACAAAAGCUGCUUUUAAUGUUCAUUUAAAAACACAAUUAUACUGGAUUUCGUGUAAACAAGUGGAAUAUCAUACUACACAGUAUAAUACACAUGACUGACAUGUAAUAUAGGCAGACCAGUUUUAUACACUGUUUGAUUAUUUCUGAUAUUCUGAUACAUAAGUUGACAUGAUCAGAAUCAGUUUCGUCAUAUCAGAAGGUAUAUAUGUCUGCACAUUUAAAUAUUAGCAAUGAAAUAAAUUUAUGCUGUUGAAUGAACUGAUUCAAGCUCGAAAGACUGGAUGGGUGCAGUUUGUUCUUUACCUGAUGAACGAACAGAAUAUGAAGGACCAUAUAGGUGUAUUGUCCUGUGUUUAAUGUUUGUUUUAAAUUUAUUUUGAUAGAUAGCUGUAUCGCUUAGAUCUGCAGAUUCAGGGCUCAGCAGGUGGCAUAAAGCAGUUUAAUAGAUAACUAAUCUAUUGGUCUUUCAUUAUCUUCCUUUACACAACCUUUUAGCAAUGCUGUACAUCUCUUUGUAGUCCUGCAAAAAAGGAAACAUGAUUCAUUGACUGAUAUGUGUCUGUAUGUCAAUAUUAUUUCUGAAACCUGAAAAGCCACAGACUCUGCUGUUCUCGUGGGAAACCAAGUUCAGGUGAAAAGAACUGCUUAUACAUACCUUGAAAACCCCCUUGUCAUCAUAACGAUUGACAUGUGAGGAGUAAGAAUAUACAACCUGACAUUUACAAUAGAAAGCACAUUUCUAUGAGAUUCUCACUGGAUAUUUUGGGGGAAGUACUUAUGUCAAUAUGUAUAGGCCAGACAUAUCUGUUCUUAUAUCUUUCAAAUAAAGUUAAUUUUAAUGCAUUUUA